AUGAAGUGGGUCAGGAAUGAGAACAAGAACAAGAAUGUUGGAUACUUAAAACACGAGACAAUGAGACAAUGUGGCAGGGAGGCAGAGACUGGGGAGCGCUUAACAAGUGCAGUGUACAGGUGCAGCAAGAGUGGGAUUGGGAGUGACACAGGUGAUGAGCAUGUGAUUGAAGUGUGCAUGACAGGCCACGGUCUCUUCGGCUCCUUUGAGAUGCUGUCAUCAUGGAGGCGAACACGCGAGGACCAACAUGUGAAAGAGCGUGUGGCAAGUGUAUUUGAAGAUGUCAUGCUGCGUUUUUCUGGAUCCACUAUGAUACAUCUGAUGACGCUGGGCCUGGCCGCCUCGCCACUCACCAACAUGGAAGCAGUGCGGCUUUUUUGUGGCACCGCUGCCCUCACCAUCAGCAUCAGCUAUGUUUACAUGUUGUCAUUUUACAGCUCCUGUCUGGUGUUCACUGGCUACCUAGAGACCCGGUACAGACAUGGCUGCUUCUGCCGGAGAGUCCCCAAACAGGACAGAUUGGACUCUAAACCGGCUUGGUACCGGUGUUUGAUGUAUACUCGUUACCAGGAUGAGAUGCAAUCGUCCAACCUGCCACAAGGGGAUUCACACCUUUUACUGGGGUGUGUGCAUCGUUGCUAUGGGGACUGGAUCACUAACACUUAUGUUAAGCCCUUUGUAGUUCUACUGUAUCUGGUUUACAUCUCCUUUGCACUGAUGGGGUUCCUACAGGUGACCCAAGGGUCUGACCCCAGCGCUUUAGUCGCCAUGGAUACAGCAACAGUACUGUACACUCGUGCCCAGCAGCGUUACUUCAGUUCCUACUCCCCAGUGAUUGGAUUCUACAUCUAUGAAAGUGCACCCUACUGGAAUGUCUCAGUACAGCAGGACCUGCUGGAGUACGCCAAAGGCUUCCAGAGAAUCAGCUGGCUGGAGUCUUACCUGAACUAUCUGUUAGACCGCAACGAGUCCACCAACCAGCUGCGGGAAAACUUCACCCACACACUGCGCCACUCCUUCCUCCGUGAGCCGCAGUUUGCUCACUUUGAGGAUGAUAUUAUAUUUGCUGAGCGCAGCCAGGGGGAGGAGCCUGACGUGGCGGCUUCACGCAUCUUUCUGGUCGCCAAGACAACAGAGAACAAGCGUGAGGAGAUGUCAGUGCUGCUGGACACACUACGUCGUCUAUCCCUCACUUCCCGUGUUCGCUUUCUAAUUUUCAACCCCUCUUUUGUCUACUUGGACCGGUACGCUACAGCUGUCAGCUCCCCCCUCAGACACUCACUGCUGGCGGUGCUCUUUCUGUUGGGGCUGUCCUCUAUGGCCUUCGUGGAGCCACUAGUGUCUGUGUGGCUGGGUCUCACCCUGCUCUCUGUCCAGUUCGGAGUGCUGGGCUUCAUGACUUUAUGGGGGGUAGAGAUGGACUGCAUGUCUGUGUUGUGUUUAAUCUCAGCUCUGGGACACUCCACAGACUGCAGUGGCCCACUCCUUUGUGGCUUUGCCUCAGGUCGGGGUGAGAGUAGGACUCGGUGGGUUCGAUUGGCAUUGGAGAGACAUGGCGUCCCUUCUUUACAGACGCUCGUGUGCUACAGUGCUGCCCUGGGACCUGUUGGUUGUGUACGCUCAAACCUCACAAGCACACUUUUCCGCUGCCUCAUUCUAACGGCCGGCUGCUCAGCCCUGCACACGUUGGCCUUCUUGCCCACUCUCCUCACAUUCCUACCCCCAUCCAAGAGCGGAGACCACCGUCCAGGAAAAGAUUGUCAGCGGCAGGAGGUGGAGUGUGUUGAAAUGAAUGACAGCACCAGAGUAGUGGACCAAAUUACUACUGUUUGAGCAUGGGUUGAUGUGGUUUAUUUUGGCUCAAGUGUUGCUAUGGUGACGGAUUUAUCUGGGAGCUGUCUCAGUGUGCUCAAAACAGCCACAAAUCUUACUGCUAAGGAGAGUGGUGGCACACACAAAGGCUGAAGGAUGAAGACGGGGCAACAAAAAGUAGAAAUAUGCAUAAAGAAGAGAAAAUAAGUGAAAGGGUUUAAAGGGAAGCAAAUGAAGAAAGAAAGAAAAAGGCAGGUCCAGGAUGCAGUGUCACCAUGGUUUCAUGUUUAUUGCUAAUGCUGUGUGGCAUGCAAAUGAGUUUGCCCCCCACAAAAAAAAAACAAUCAC